AAAUUAUGGCAAUGGACCAUUUUAUUAUGCUGUGGCAAUCGUGGAAAAAGUUAAUCCUGGCUUAUUAAUUUCUAAUUGGCGACAUCGUCGUACAUGUCAUAGUGGUGUUGGUAAAGCAGCCGGUUGGAUUAUACCAUUGAAUACAGUAUUGGAUACAAGACAAGUGAUUGUGUUGGAUGGACAUUUAGUUCAUGCAUUUG